GCGCACUGAAGUGCUUGAAUUUUGUUGCGUUGUGUAGCUCCAAGGGAAGACUGGCUAUGAAGAGAAGCUAUGAAGGGAACAUCUGCAUAGAAGGCAGACACAGGAUUCCAGCGACAAUGUCGAAGCACCACGAUGCAGGGACUGCUUUCAUCCAGACCCAGCAGCUGCACGCUGCCAUGGCGGACACCUUCCUGGAGCAUAUGUGCCGCUUGGACAUCGACUCGGAGCCAACCAUUGCGAGGAACACCGGCAUCAUCUGCACCAUCGGCCCAGCCUCCCGCUCGGUGGAGAAGCUGAAGGAAAUGAUUAAAUCUGGAAUGAAUGUUGCCCGCCUCAACUUCUCUCACGGCACCCACGAGUAUCAUGAGGGCACAAUCAAGAACGUGCGAGAAGCUACAGAGAGCUUUGCCUCUGAUCCCAUCACCUACAGACCUGUGGCUAUUGCACUGGAUACCAAGGGACCUGAAAUCCGAACUGGACUCAUUAAGGGAAGUGGCACAGCAGAAGUGGAGCUGAAGAAGGGCGCACCACUCAAAGUGACCCUGGACGAUGCCUACAUGGAGAACUGUGAUGAGAACGUGCUGUGGGUGGACUACAAGAAUCUCACCAAGGUUGUAGAAGUUGGCAGCAAGAUCUAUGUGGAUGAUGGUCUGAUUUCCUUGCUGGUUAAGGAGAAAGGCAAGGACUAUGUCAUGACGGAGAUCGAGAACGGUGGCAUGCUUGGCAGCAAGAAGGGAGUGAACCUGCCGGGUGCUGCAGUCGACCUGCCUGCGGUCUCUGAAAAGGACAUUCAGGACCUAAAAUUUGGUGUGGAGCAGAACGUGGAUAUGGUGUUUGCUUCCUUCAUCCGCAAAGCUGCUGAUGUCCAUGCUGUCAGGAAGGUGCUCGGGGAAAAGGGAAAGAACAUAAAGAUCAUCAGCAAGAUCGAGAACCAUGAGGGUGUGCGCAGGUUUGAUGAGAUCAUGGAGGCUAGCGAUGGCAUUAUGGUGGCCCGUGGGGACCUGGUUUCUGCUGAAAAAGUCUUCCUUGCCCAGAAGAUGAUGAUUGGGCGCUGCAACAGGGCUGGCAAACCCAUCAUCUGUGCCACUCAGAUGCUGGAAAGCAUGAUCAAGAAACCUCGCCCGACCCGUGCUGAGGGCAGUGACGUUGCUAAUGCCGUCCUGGAUGGAGCUGACUGCAUCAUGCUCUCUGGAGAGACUGCCAAGGGAGACUACCCGCUCGAGGCUGUGCGCAUGCAGCACGCUAUUGCCCGGGAGGCCGAAGCCGCCAUCUUUCACAGGCAAUUGUUUGAGGAACUGCGUCGUCUGACUUCCCUGAACUGUGAUCCCACGGAGGCCGCUGCUGUUGGCGCUGUGGAAGCGUCCUUCAAGUGCUGCAGUGGGGCCAUUAUUGUUCUCACCAAGUCUGGAAGGUCAGCACACCUGGUGUCGCGGUACCGCCCGCGGGCUCCCAUCAUUGCCGUGACCCGUAAUGACCAGACAGCACGCCAGGCCCACCUCUACCGGGGCAUCUUCCCUGUCCUGUGCAAAGAACCAGCCCACGACGCGUGGGCGGAGGAUGUGGACCUCCGCGUGAACCUGGGCAUGAAUGUUGGUGAGUGAUGCUCCUCCAGCCCCACCCGGUGA